AUGAGAAAUUUGUCUAACUCAUAUUCAAAAUUAUAUAACAAAUAUGUACCCAUAUAUUCUCUCUUUGAUAACAAUAGGAACAAAUCUGUAUUAUUAAAACGUUUAAAUUGUAAUAUAAUAAAUUUUAAUGAAAAGUUUUUUGAAAUAAAUAAUUUGAGUAAUACAUAAAAUAAUGGAAUUAUAUAUGAUAAGGUAUCAAAUGAUUUGUUUAAUAUGCGUGAAAACUAUUUUGGGAAUUUUAAUAAUGAUAAUAUAUCAAAAAGAUCAAUUAAAUCUAAAAGAGAUGUAAGAUCUAAGGAAUCCAACAUAUUUAAAAAUGUAGGAGAAUGUAAAUUUGCAGGUAGAACAAAUAAAGUAAUUGAAUCUGAUAUAUCAAGUACAAUGAUGUUAUCUUUAGAAACAAUUAAUACAAAUAUAAACGAAACAACACUUAAGGUAUUUAAAAAAAAAUGUACAAAAAAUGUAGAGAGGAAGAAAAUGAAUACAUGUAAGAUAAGUCAAAGAGUUCAUGAUAUAAAUGAAUCAAGAAAAAACGACCUAAAAAUAUAUAUGUCAACGAACUCAAAUAAUAUAUUAGUUGAAAAUGAGAAAAAUAAUUUAUCUGAAUCUUUAGAAAAAUAUUGGGACGAUCAUAUGAAGGAAAAUGUUUUUUUUUUUGGAUGAAGAGAAAGAUACACAUCAUAUAGGAAAGAACCUGGUGAUGAAAACGAACAUAAAAAAGAAAUGAUUAUGUGGAAAAAAAAAAAAAACGAUUUUGAUAAAAAAAGAAAAAAAACAAAAGUUUCAUCUCCUGAUAACAAAUUUGAACAUCCAGACACAACAUAUUAUGAUAUAUUAAAUAUAACUCCAGAUACAUAUUCAAAUGAAAUAAAAAAUAAUUAUUAUAAAUUAGGUUUAGAGUAUCAUCCAGACAAAAAUCCACGAAAUGAUGAACCAAAAAUAAAAUUUCAAAAAGUGAAUGAAGCAUAUCAAAAUUUAAGUGAUAAAGAAAAAAGAGCUGAAUAUGAUAGUAUAGGUAUGCAAUGUGUUGAUGACGUGACUUUAAUUGAUCCAUCUCUUUUAUUUAUGAUGUUGUUUAGUUCUGAAAAUUUAUGUGAUUAUAUUGGAGUGUAUGAUUUAACAUAUAUGUUUAAUUUUAUAAUGAGAUCAAUGAAUAAAGGACAUGCCAAUGGGAUUAUAUUUAAUAUGUUUGGAUGUAUGAAUAAGUUUUUUGAUAAAUUUAAGAAAAAUCAAGAAAACAGAGAAUUUGAUUUGUCAGUUUCUUUAAAAUAUAGAUUACAAAUAUAUAUGGAAAAUGAAAUAAUGGGUGUAGUUGAAUCGAAAUGUUCAUGCUAUAUUAUAGAAUCUGGGAGAUGGAUAUAUGAGAAUGUAGCAAAAUGUUAUAUAUAUUAA